AUGGAUACCCAAAACUCUGACCCGGUUGACUGGGGAGUUGACCAGGUGGUCAAAUUCCUGUGCAAUCCACAAGAAGCUCCAUGGGCGGACUCUGCCACUUCUUCACGCCCAAACCUCACUGCACUCGGGACUGCACUUCGUGACAACGAGAUAAACGGAGAAGCGCUACUUCAUGACGUCGAUCGGGAGGCCCUUAGGGAUGAUCUAGGCAUCAAAGCUCUGGGUCACCGCAGCAGUGUCUUACGAGCUAUUGAUUGGCUUCGCGUUCGAUCCCCAAAAUAUCAAACGUCAAAGCUAAACUUGCCUUCCACCAACAAACUCUCAACUGAACACAUCUUGUCUUCCGUCAACUCUCCGGUUAUCAAUGCAUCUGUGGAACCACCUAGUCACAUACCAUCUUUACCUCCUGAUAUCCCGCCGGCGCCCGUUGCGUCAGAUACGACCGGAAAUCGCCAAAUGGUAAAGCAGAACUUCCCUUCCUUCAACCAACCUCAGUCGACUGGAAAAAUAUCAUCUUCCGUCAACUCCCCACCUACAACGUUCAUGGAACCACCCAGUGCCAAUUCGUCUGUGCUUCCUGAAAUGACGCUGGCGCCCACAGCCGCAGUCAUGAAGGUCAAACGCCGGAUCGCACCUACGCAGGUGAUUGAUUCUAACGGACAGAGAGUGGGGGAUGGAAUUGUUCCGACAGGGCAGGCGUCACUUCACAAUCAAGCGACGGAUCUCUCACCGCAACCUAUCGUUGAAAGCAUGGAAAACAGUUCUACAGAGGCUGUUGGUGACGAUGGCGGAAGACCGAAGGUCUCACUUUCUGGUGCCAACCUUGUCGGUUCAAGCACCAUGGCCUUGGAACUACAGCUUUCUGCGGACAAAUCACUUAGACUGAAAAAGGCGGACGAUUUCUUCGAACAGUUGCUCGCGAAGCACCCUUCUGGGGGACAGGAAGAUGAAAUCCUUCCCCUGUAUGGUGAAUCGGAUGCCGAGUACGAUGAAGAAACUCUGAAAGAAAUUGACGAAGAUGAACUGGACUCAAUGGCUGGUCUUUCAUGGUCUGAGUGUGAAGCUAUUGUCUCUGAAUUCAUUGCCGCGCAUGAGAGGGCCUGGAAGGAACACCACCUGCCAAAACACCGGCAAUACGCUCAAGUGGUGUGGCAACAGGCUCGAGAUGCUCGCACAGGAAAGGCCUACAAGUCUGACGUGUCGAAAAAUCUUGCAAGAUUUCGUCUACGGUUAAAGUCGCAGAGGGACGCCCUUAUCAAGGUCAAGUACCGAUCAAAGACCGCUUUCCACGCUGCAUGCAGGGUCAUGGACACUACCCUCGAUCAAAUUUGCUUCGAGGAAUGGAGGCUGGAAACGAUUGAGUUGGAGAAGUGUCCGCCAUUUGUUCCCCCACCACCGAGAGUUUUUCGACCUCGGAAACACCGCAUGAUCGAAGUAGACGAAGAGUCUCUGGGAUCCGACACGGAAAUUGCAUCCGAUGACGAGGCUUCUGGCAAUGAAGCUUCUGCUGAUGAAUCGGAAUCGGAAUCGGAAUCGGGAGGUGACAUUCCAGCCCGUCCCCAGAGAGAACUGCCAUGGUCCGCUCCGAGAACAAAGCCCUUGGUCACCCUGAGAUCCGAUAGCAGCGAGGAAGACUUUGUUGCCAACAAAAGACGACGAUUGAUGGGAAGUCAAGACCACACCGAUGCCGAGAGACUUAUCAGCCUCAGCAAGCUUGGUCCCUUUGCGGAAAUUGAAGAUGAAGAAUCAUAUCCUCCUUCCGGCACGGAUCAAUUUUCGCCCUCCGGCGCACUUCUCCUUGACUCAUCCCCGCAGGCAUUACGCAGGUCUGAUAUGGCAGACGAAAUGUUGAUUGAGACACCACCUCUCAACCCGACCUUGCCAGCUUCCUCCCCUCAAGAUUUCGAGAUGGAUGAUGAUCUGCUGGUGAAGACACCUCCGCUCAACCCGACCAAUCUGCCUCAGCCAAAUACGACGCUCAAGCUUAGCCUGCUCUCGCCUGAACAGCCCUCGGGGAACAACGGUGACCUUGUCUUACGCCCUCAGCCCUUCAAAACUCCUUCGCGGUCAGUGUCUCUCGAGAAAGACAGCAGUGACAUUACCAGCCCCAAUAUGGAUGAUAUUGACGUAUUCGACAUGGUGGUUCUCAUGAACUCGCGAGAUGUUGAAGCGGAAAAGAAUCGCAUCUGGCUGUUGGCCAAAUACCUGACAGGCUUGCCAUCAGAGGAGAACAAGUACUUCGGACCUUACAUGGAAGAACUUAUGGACCCUGUCUACAUGGAAGAAGUUACCUUAGCGCUGCAAGCGAUGCUCAAAAAUCAGUGCCAUCUAGCGGGCAGAACUGAGGAACAGAGUCAGCCUGCAAUGCGACUGGGCGCCUACUUUGUAUCCUGGCAUAGCUGCAAGAUGCUGACUGCCCGGGGUAUGGGUAAAGAGCCGAUCCAAGAAGCCCUUGAAGCCCUUGAAGAUGACGACGAUAUGUCCAUGUUCCUUGCUUUCUUCCAUCGGCUGAAGAAGCUCUACGCGUCGUACAGAGCCUGGCUAUCACGACAGCCGUUUCGAAAAAGCGGACACAGCACAUAUUCCGAGUCUGCGGGUUCUGAUAGCAACCCACAUAGAAGGAAGAAGAAGAGUCGUUCGAAACCGUUUGGACCACGGCCGCUGAGCACCAUGCAGAGAGAUGCACAAGCACGACAAGCGAAACAGGACAAAGACCGCGAACGCCUUAGGAUGGCACGUGAAAGCAAGGGCCUGAGCAACAGUGAUCCAGAAGGACAAGCCGUGACUUUCAAAGAACCAGUCAUCUACUUGCACCCUCAUCUGGGACGAUACGUCAAACCCCAUCAAUUGACUGGCAUUCAAUUCAUGUGGCGAGAGUUGAUUGAAGCAGACAACCAGCAAGGCUGUUUGCUUGCUCAUGUCAUGGGACUGGGAAAGUCGAUGCAGGUGAUCUCCCUUUUGGUCACUAUUGCUGCCGCUGCUACCUCGGACAAUCCCGAAAUCAGAGACCAAAUCCCACAACGCUUUCAUCGCUCACAGACUCUUGUCCUGUGUCCUUCUUCUGUCGUGCAGAAUUGGGUAGACGAGUUCGCUAUCUGGACACCCAUUGACCAUGAUCUUGGGUCAAUUCGGGAGAUCACUCCUCGUGGAAGGAAUCUCGAAAUGGCCGAGAGGCUGAAGACGAUCCGGGACUGGAACAGGAAGGGCGGUGUCCUGAUUAUGAGCUAUGAGAUGCUUCGUAUUCUCAUCGCGAACAAGCCGGCCAGACUCAAUGAAGAGGAGCAUGACCUUGUCAAAAGAUGUCUCCUGGAGGGGCCCAACAUUAUCGUCGCAGACGAAGCUCACAAACUGAGGAGUGGAAAAUCCGCCAUUUCCCAAGUCGCAUCUCGUUUCAAGUCGACGAGUCGCAUUGCUAUGACUGGCUCCCCGUUGUCAAACCAGCUUUUCGAGUACUACCAAAUGGUUGAGUGGGUCGCCCCUGGCUACCUGGAGGAUCCGGCUACGUUCAAGAAAAAAUUCAUGGAUCCGAUUCAGGCUGGAUCUUACAUUGAUAGCACUCGGGCGGAACAGAGGGAGAGCUUGAUAACCUUGCAGCUUCUCAAUGGCAUCUUGGCCCCUAAGGUCCUCCGAGCUGAUACCUCUGUGCUCGCUGCUGAUCUGCCACCAAAAACCGAGUUCGUUCUCACAGUACCACUGACUGAAAUGCAGAGAAAAGCCUACGAUACCUUUGUGGACUGUGCUAAAUCCGGCGAUUCUGAUGCAAACCCGAGGCUUUGGUCAUGGCUGGCUGUCAUGCAACUGUGUUGCAACCACCCCUUCCCGUUCCGUGAAAAGCUCGCCGAUCGAUUUAAAAAGCAGGAGGAUAAUGAAGGGCAGUCCAUUCUGUCAGGUUCUAUUCAAGAUGCCGGGCUUCCAAGCGACCUUGUCUCCAAAAUGGAGGAGCUUUUCUCCAAGCACGGGGAUCUUCAAGACAUCGACCUGUCCAAUCGUGCCAUCCUGCUUGAUAAAAUCCUUGAUCUGUCAAUCCAAGCUCGGGACAAGGUCCUCAUCUUCACUCAAAGCAUCCCGACCAUGAACUACCUUGAUCUCAUGUUGAGCAGACGUGGACGAAGAUAUCAACGCAUCGAUGGCAGCACUCCCGGAGCUGAUCGCCAAAUCGUAACGAAACGGUUCAAUUCUGACAAUAGAGAACAUAUUCUCCUGAUCUCGACUCGGGCUGGUGGUGUGGGUCUCAACAUGUUCGGUGCUAAUCGAGUGGUCAUCUUUGAUUUCCUCUUCAAUCCUAUGUGGGAGGAACAGGCCGUCGGACGUGCAUAUCGUCUUGGACAAAAGAAGCCCGUCUACGUCUAUCGCUUCCUUGCCGGUGGUACUUUCGAGGAGCUUAUCUACAACAACGCAGUCUUCAAGAGACAACUUGCUGUUCGCGUAGUGGACAAGAAGACGGUUGUGCGUGAAAGCUUGAGGAAGUCCUCAACAUAUCUUCAUUAUGUGAAGAAUGUGAAAAAGGAUGAGCACUAUCCUGCUCUUGGACGGGAUCCAGAUGUCCUUGAUGAGAUACUCCGAGGAGAAUACAGUGAGAUCGUUCUGAAGGCGACCUUGUCUCACAUUCAAAAUGAUGAGAAUGAUCAUCUCACUGAGGAGGAGAGCCGCCAGGUGGAUCGUUGGCUUGCAGACGAACGAAUGAAGCGAGUGGAUCCAGCGGCUUAUCACGCUGAGAUGAAGAGACGGGAGGAUGCAGAAAAAGCACGCCAACAAGAGGCAGCUCGCCUAGUAGUCAAUCGACAAUUUGAGCCGGCACAAGUGCAACAGAGGUCGUUGCAGAUGAACCAAGCCGGACAGCAGCAGGAGGAUGCAGAACAAGCAGAUCACGAAGCUACUAGACAGCGCUUUGAAAAAUCGGUACAAGAGUGCAAACCGUCGACGAUGACUGAAGCUGGGAGGCAGGAUUUCAUGAUGGAGUCCCUUACUUCUCUGAGCCAAGGCCCGAUCCCAAUGUCCAAGGUGGGCAAAUCGCCCCUGUCUGUCAAUAACAGAGGCGCAACGCAGUCUGCUCCUUUCUUGUCGGGCGCCAAGUCUCGCGGGUUUGAUGUACGAACGCUGUAUCCACCAGAUUGGCCUACGUUUGUCGAUGACAAAGGCGUAACGCAGUAUGCUUCCUGCGAAUCUGUUGCCAAGGCUCAAGGUCUGAAAAUAGGAGAUUGGAUGCAGCCCAAGGUCUAUCAGCCAAGCUCCUCGUCGUUCCAGCCGGCGGGCUUACCUGCACAACCAGUGUCUCCUUCUGUGUACGUGCCGAGUUCGUCUUCACUCCGACAAGCCGGCUGCGGAGAAUCUCAACCAGCCAUUGUGGUGCCAGCCGAUAACGAUGUCAUUGUGAUUGAAGAUGAUUCAGCAGAUUCGUCGCCUGUCAAGGUCCCCGUGGAUCCCUCCCAUCCGCUCGCAGCACUUUCUCCUACGGAUAAUCCUCCCCUUUCGCCGACUCCACUCAUGCGAGGCGACGUCACCCAGGAGAACCACAACCAGCCAACAUCUGCGGAUCUGCACCGGCCCGAGCCUACAACGGCCAAGCAAGAUGACAAGCUCCAGGGGUCUGCAAAACACACACCAAGUCCGACCCCGGCCCUGGGCGGCGAUGGCUCCGUCGAUUUGACCAAGAAGAAUGCCGUUGAGAGUGGUUGCGACCAGGUCACUGACCCAGCAGUUACUGACCAAGACAAGUCUUCAAAUGUCGACAGUAAUGGCAUUGUGGAUCCCGAGGCAAACCCGUCCCAGGAGGCAGAUAACGGCACAGCUCUCGAAAAACCUGCGACAAAUCCAAUCGGUACCAGUCAAGCUGAACCCAUGGACCUUCGUGAUGACUCCGCAUCUAAGCCGGUGGCUCUCGGUGCCUCUCUUGACGUCGCAGUGGCUAUCCCCAUCGCCUCCAGCCAAUCCGAGGCGAUGGACAUCAGCGAUGGCCCAUAA